GCAAGAGCUGGUCAGGAUGUGCUCCACAAGUUUAUUGUGAAUCUAAAUCUUAUGGGGAGUUAUAGAUUUGCUGGCCGAAUCAAACUAACAGUGAAGGGUGUUUAUUGACAUCCUGAAUACUGUGAGGAGACCAAGAUACCCAAUGGUCAGGACACAUUUUUAGAUGUGACUAAGGAUCAACCAGAAAAGGAGCUCCUAAAUCGGUAUUUGUAGCCAGGGCCGGUGCCAUUGAAGUAUAUCAGAAAGCAGCUUUUCACCUGCUCAAACAUUGGUGGUAACGUCAAAUUGAAAGAAAUUGUAUGAGGAAAUUGAAAACUCAUUGAGCAAACAAACAGUCUAACUUGGCUAAUCUGUGUAUUUAAUAAGUGUCUGUGUAUGUGUCACUUUAUUUCUUAGAGUAGUAGUCAAACAAUGUGUAGAAGUUGCUGUUGUACAAAGAUGUAUCCUUAAGAUGGAUUACUGAAAAUGCAUCAUAUAGAUGCUCUUGGACAAUAGAGCUAUUCCAAGGUAUUGCUGGCCUAAUAGGUAUAAUUACUGAUCUUUUACUCAUUUGCAGUGAAGAUAUUUUGCGUAUUUGGUGCCGGAGGACUUUGUGUACAAAUAUUGCUUGGUUCUAGUCUCUUCUCAAAAAAUAUGUUCAGAAAGAAGGUUUAUUUUUAUAGUUACUUGCAUUGGUUUGACUUAGAAAAGUUAUACUCCUGCACUUAUGACCUUCAUAUUUAGAAAGAAAGAUGAAACUUUGCGUAAUGGUUUAGAUGCAAAUCUGAAGCCCUAACUGGUUUUAUUGGAAAGGUGCCUUGAGGACUGCUCAUAUAGAAGUUCCUCGAGCUUACUAAUUGUACAGGUGGAAGCCUGUCUGGAUACCUAGUUUAUCUUUUUGGCAGACAGGGAAACAGCACGUCCAUCAAUAUGUCAAACAAGAUCUUGGAAAAUUUUGGAAAGAAGUUGAUUCGUAGAAGAAUUGUUGACUGCAGCACAGAUGAAACUCGUUUUGUUAGGUGCCUGACGACGUUGGACCUAAUUGCUCUGGGGGUUGGCAGUACUCUUGGGGCAGGUGUGUACGUUUUGGCAGGUGAAGUAGCCAGGGACAAGGCAGGUCCUGCUAUUGUCCUGUGUUUCUUGAUCUCUGCUCUUGCCUCAGUACUUGCUGGCCUCUGCUACGCUGAAUUUGGAGCCAGAGUCCCGAAGACUGGAUCUGCAUACCUCUACAGCUAUGUCACUGUGGGUGAAAUAUGGGCUUUUAUAACUGGAUGGAAUUUAAUCCUAUCGUAUGUACUAGGUACAGCAAGUGUUGCUCGAGCCUGGAGUUCCACGUUUGACAGCCUCAUUGAUCAUAAAAUUUCUUCUUUCUUUGGAAACUACCUGAACAUGAACUAUCCUGGUGUGCUUGCAAAAUAUCCAGAUAUAUUUGCAGUCAUCUUAAUCUUGCUUCUUACAGGUCUUUUGGCAUUUGGAGUGAGUGAAUCAGCACUAGUGAAUAAAAUCUUUACUGCCAUAAACUUAAUGGUCCUGAGCUUUGUUAUUAUAACUGGAUUUGUGAAAGGAGACAUCAAAAAUUGGCAGUUAACAGAAUCUGACUACAACAAAACCUCCAUCAACAGUACUGAAGGUGAACUAGGAAAGUUUGGUUCUGGAGGAUUCACUCCUUUUGGAUUUUUUGGAGUUCUUACAGGAGCUGCAACAUGCUUCUAUGCCUUCGUAGGGUUUGACUGUAUUGCAGCUACAGGAGAAGAAGCAAAAAAUCCUCAGAAGUCAAUUCCUAUUGGGAUUGUGGUUUCCUUAUUGAUCUGCUUUGUGGCAUACUUUGGAGUGUCUGCUGCUCUCACACUCCUGAUGCCAUACUACAUCCUGAACAAGAAAAGCCCAUUACCUGAGGCCUUCCUGUAUGUUGGCUGGGAACCUAUACGGUACAUUGUGGCUGUUGGCUCUCUCUGUGCUCUCUCCACCAGUCUGCUGGGCUCCAUGUUCCCUAUGCCACGUGUUAUAUACGCAAUGGCUGAGGAUGGACUGCUCUUCCGCUUCCUGGGGAAUAUUCACAAAAAAACCAAGACACCGGUGCAUGCAACACUUGUUUCUGGCAUUGUGGCUGCUAUCAUGGCAUUGCUCUUUGACUUGGAGGUUCUAGUUGAUCUCAUGUCUAUUGGUACAUUACUUGCCUACUCCUUGGUGGCAGUUUGUGUUCUUAUCCUCAGAUAUCAGCCGCCUUGGCUUACUGAACGUGAUUCGUGUGAAAUGACACCAUUUGGAGAAAACAAAAGCAGCCUGGAAACCCAAAUGAACAGUGAAGGUUACCAGGCUGAAGAUAAAACUUCAUUGACCUUAAAGCUGCUAUUUAACCCAAAAGAAAACGCCCCCACUAAAAGUUCUGGAUUAAUUAUUUACAUCAGUGUUGGAAUUCUGUCAUUUGUCUUGACUUGCAUUUCCAUUAUUAUUGCCAAAUAUUAUUUGGAAAUACUGAACGUACAUAUCUUCUGGGUAACACUGCUUGGGGCGCUCUGCCUGGUGGUUGCAGUUAUUACAUUCGUGAUAUGGAAACAGCCACAGAGUAAAGUGCCACUUACUUUUAAGGUACCAUUCCUCCCCUUCCUACCUAUUGUCAGUGUCUUUGUAAAUGUUUACUUGAUGAUGAUGUUGGAUUUGGGCACCUGGGCCUUGUUUGGAAUUUGGAUGCUUAUAGGCUUUUUGAUCUACUUUGGUUAUGGAAUACGGAACAGCUCUGAGGGUCGUAGUCCCUAUCGUACACCUGUAGACUCGGGAAGCCAAGAGAAAAUGGACACAAUGCUAGAAUCCAACACUUUAAUUGGUGUUGAAAAAUCUAAGGAAGUAGAAACUGCAUAAGUGCAAAAAGACCUAUGAGAGGAAAGUUCCCUGAAAUGUAAACUUCAUUCCUAGUUACAUUCAAUGAUGUGUAGUUUUUUUUAUAUGUGGGAGUAUUUGGCUGCUGUCCAUUCAGGCUAUCACUAAUUAACUGGCUAUGAGUAGUACACGUAUCAAGUAUACUAGGGAAUAGCCUUGCAAGGCCCUUUGUCAAGGGUUCAAGUGCACUCUUCAAUGUUUAUAAUCUGUUUAAAAGGAAUUUUAGCUUGUUCUACAAUUCUAAUAAUCAGUGUACUGUAUAGAAUGCAUAACAUACAUUUUGCACAGUGUUACAGUGGUAACAAGAUGCAUUGAAAUUACAUUUUAGUUUCUACAUCUGAUACUGUCUCCUGAAAUGGGUCAUAUUAAAUGAGUUGACAUACAGACCACUAAGUGGGGAAUCGCUGAAUGGUUUAGAUCCAGAGACACAACAUCGGUGGUGAAAAUGCUAAUUGACUGUCUUAGGCAAUGUUUGUCAUUAAGAUUAUGUUCUCCUAUGACAAAACCCUCAUUUUUCAACACAGGUGGAACUUCAUCAUUACAAACCAUCUUGGAUCUUCCCCAUAUUUGUGGGGCGGUGGGGGGGGGGGGGGGUGUGGAAGAGUCAAUGGCCAGGUCAUGAAAUUCAAUAAACACGCACAUUAUUAAUAUGUCCUGUGCCAGUGCAAUGGAUGUGGUCUUACUACAUUAACUUAGCAUCAUCUGUUAUCUUCUCAGUCCCUUAAGGUGAUGCUUCUUUGAAUCCACUGCUAGUCUGUACUUCUUUACAGAGAGGAUUUAUUAGCUCAUGUUUUUUGUGUUUCAACUGGCACAGAUAUUACAUCAUAGUUAAACAAUUAAUAUUGAGGAAUAGCACAGCUAUUUUCCGAUGUGAAUGUCUUUGUGAUACAAAGUUUCUGUUUAAUAAGUUUUAACUGCUAGAGCUUAGAUAUGGUUAUUGCAGAUGUAUGUACCUUCUGCCAUUACUGUGCUUUAAUUUUACAAGAAUAGAGUGGGGGAAGGUCACUGAAAAUGUUUGUCACUCUUUGGUUGUAAAUUAGAUCCUCUGCUUGCUCCAGGGGGCUGGUCUUCUUUCUCAGUGGAUUUUUUGAAUACAGAUGGCAAUUUGCUUGUAUAUAUUUCAUGUAAAUGUUACAAUAUUUUGUAGAUAUUAUAUUUUGCAUUACAAUCAAAAGUCAUGAUUUCGAGAGAGAUCUUGGGGAGGUGACUGAUAUGAGUGGAGCGGUUGGGUCUCCAAGCCCCUCGCUUUGGAAGUUAAGAUUAAGAAUGGGACAGAUUUUUGAACUUGCCAAAAGGAAGUGUAACGGCUCUUGUGGAUUGACUCUUAUUAAUUAUCCAUUUUUAACUUUCAUUGAAAUAAUGACAAUUAGGGAUUUCUAGUGGACACCUAAUCUGCAAUGCCUGUUUUAUCUCCUUCCCACCAAGGCACCAAAACAAAAAACUACUUGAAUGUUUCCAUAACACUGAAGAGAAAUAGCCCUUUUUAACACCUGUAAAGAGUGUUUUACUUUGAAACAGUUGAACUGAUUACACGGGGGUGAUGGAAUCCACAGUGAGAAGCUGUAUUUAAUUUAGCAUUGACUAGCUAGGACUUUACAAUGAUGAACAAUGCUCCUCACUUGUCUCACUCCAACUGACUUCAUCUGCCAGAGAAAUUUUACUCUGAACAAAUUACACUUGACGAGUUGUUUUCAUUUUGAAAUGCCUAGUUAUUUAAAUAUUUUUGUAUUUUUAAAAGAUGUCAGGUAGAUUUAAAAGUUAAAUGUGCUAACUAUUUCUGUUAAAUUAGCUAAUUGUGCUAAUUAAAUAGGACAAUGCUUUCAAUGUUGUAUGUAAAUCUAGAUCAUGACCAAAGAAAAUAUUAUCAAAACAUGACUUUAGUUGUAAUAUCCACAAUCUUAUGUUCACCUAACAUAAUUUUUCAGUGAUUGUUUUCAAAUGCAGUAUUUAAAAAAAAUGCUUGUAACCUUGAGGCAAUUGGUCAAACAUAGCAAAUAAUUUUUAAAAUCUGUUUAAGACAGAAGGCUUACUAGAGCAUGUAAUAUUUAUAUACAAUGUAUGUAUAUUUGUUUCCCCAAGUAUAUAAACAUGUAUAUACUGAUUGUUGUUCGGUUCAAUUUGUACAUAUUUUUUGUAGUGGAUUGGCUUGUAUCAGUCAAAUAUAAUGGAUUCUUCUACUGUCAGGAUCUAUUUAUUAAACUUACUUUUUUAAACUCUG